CUGUUUCCUGUUCUCCAUUCAUUACCUAUUAUUACAUUCAGAGUCCAUGGACUUGGUGUAACUUCUGGUGUAACUUGAUGUCGACAAAUUGGUGCUGUCAGUGAGCUGUCCCUUCCCAGACAUUCCAACAGUUGGCGUGUUUCGAUUGUAUCGCGCAUGGUUUCCUCAAGCAACUUCCAGGUUACGCCUAGCCAACAGACUCUCGUCAUGUUCCCUUACUCGGCACUUUUGUGCUCUGGCUUGUUUGUUCACAGAAAUGCUGAGCGUCGUGCGAUGGCUGUCACAAGAAGCUUCCGAGGUGAACAGCUGGAUCUCUAGAG